AUGACUGUUCAGCCCCACGCCAACGGCCACCAUCCCUUCGCGCUACAGUUCCUCGACGCCAACAACUCUUAUCGACGCAAAGUGAGCUCUUAUCUUAAACAACUAACUUUGUGUUUUUACCCUAAGAUUUGAUGACAAAACAUUAAACAGUCACCUAUUAACGUAUUUUAGCACAGUGUACCUGAACUACAGCUAAGCCUAGAACUGUGCACAUUAGCUACAGAAUGGGCUUGUUUCCUGGCUAGCCAACGAUAUCUCAAGUACAAGGAAACCCCCGGUAAGUUCAUUAUUGUCGCAAAACCACUUACUUAAGGAGUAGAUCUGGGAGAAAACAUCACCUUCUUUCCCAAAUCCUUGACAGCGAAAGAAGUGUGUGACUACUGGUACAAAGAAAGUAAAGUAUACGAGUAUAAUACACCCGGCUGGCAGCCCGGUACCAACUACUUCACUCAAGUCAUUUGGAAAGAUACCAAAGAGGUAACUCCAUGUAUAAUAUCAAAAAACACUAUACCGCCUUUUAUCAUGUAAUAUCAAAAACUACCAAAUAUUCUUCAGAUUGGAAUAGGCACAGCCCCACUGCCACUUGUCUUCCACAAACACCCAAAAACUAAUGAUACGAUACCCAAUCCCCUAAACGGCUACAAAGUAGUCGUCGCUUUCUACAGUCCACCGGGAAACAACAACCAUGCCGGUCAAUUCGCGGCCAAUGUGAUACCUCCAUUAAAGGAACUAACUAGCAAUCAGGGACUAUUUAAUAAAUAA